CAGCAAGGCCAUGGUAGCAAUUGAUCAACACAUUUUAGGAGAAGAAGAAGAAGAUGGGCAGGGGUUUUGCCUUGGCCGAUGAAAAUCUUCUUAAAAAUAUACUCUCUAGAUUACCAGCCUUGUCUUUCGCAUCUGCUGCCUGUGUUAGCAAAUCUUGGAACAAAGUUUGCAACAGAAUUCUCUCUCGUCCGAAGCUCUCUUCCGCACUCUCCCUCUCCCCUUCUCAUCUUGUUGCUGUAGAAGAGGUUCUCAACAAGGUUCUUUCUGAGCCUAUUCGUCCACACUUCGCAAUUGCCUGUGUUGGACUGCAGUUUAACUUGACAAUCACUCACCAACUUAUUGCAAAGAAACUGGGCAAUAGAAUCCCGAUAAUUACUAAUGCUGCAACUGGUAUUAUUGGUAGGGAUGUUGGUACAAAUGAACUCAGAGAGGUGAAAUGGGAAAUAUUUGAAGACUUUGGCCGCGUCCUGGGAGAAAAUAUAAUUGAUCCGUUUGAUUAUUGUGGAAUCGUCUUGGUUGUUGGAUAUGUACCUGGACUAAAAGUUGACACCAUCCCGCUUGUACGAUCCAAAACGGAACCUCGAGUCGCCAUGGUUGAUAAAUUUCUGAAGGAUAUCAGGGAUUACACAGCGUCUGCUUCAGAUAGCAUGUCCCCUGAUGCAAUCAUCUUAUUUGGAGAUCAACGGGUCGACUUGAAACCCAUCCUGGCGGAGAUGGAUUAUGCUAUGCAUGAAGAAACAGUCAUCGUGGGUGAUGCAAGUGCCUGCUUCUUGUUUAAAAGUGGAGAUGAUUCUCGGAUUUAUAACGGGAAUUCCUACUUCUGCGAUGCUGUUGCUCUUGUAUUUGCCAAGGACAAUUCAACUGUAUUCAAUGGAGAAAUUAAAUUCCAUCGUGCAUUGUCCGUUGGUGUAAUACCAUUUGGUCCCCAACUCAAGGCUGCUUCUGUAAUAAUCCACAACUCAGGUUGCUCAUGGCUGACUGCCACAAUGGAAGGACAUGAAGAAAUUCUAGAUAGCGAGGGACUUCUAGAAGAUAUCAAUGAUCAGAUUGAUGAUGAGAAUCCAUAUUUGUACAUCGGGGUCACACAUCAAAGGGCACCCUCCAUUGGCUCACAGAAUUCAGGAUCUAGAUCCCAUCUGGCUUUAUAUGAAGUCCUAGGAGGAAGUGAAGAGUAUUUUGCUGUUGAUGGUAUUGGCAUCAAACCUGGUGAUUCCUUCAUAUUCUACCACUCAGAUUUGGACACUGCAUCAUAUUCUAGUGAACAUGCUUUCGAAGACAUCAGCAUUCUGAAAGCAGCUAGCUCAACUGACAGAGGUACUAAGAGGGAAGUUUUGGGAGGUCUAAUCUUCUCUUGCUGUGCUCGAAGCGACUCAUUUUCUGGGCGUGGUAUUGUUGAAAGCUUGCCGUUGAGUGACAACUUUCCUGGCAUCCCACUUGCAGGAAUGUUUUGUGAUGGAGAAAUAGGACGUGGGUGUGGCUCUGCAAGUUUGACUAGGCAAGAAGAAGAAAAUGAAGAAGAAGUUUGCUCAAUGUCAAGUAGAUGCUUUUUGCAUCAAAACAGCACUGUUUAUUUGGUUAUGUCAUUCACUCCACCACUGUAGUUUUGCUUCAUGUAAUGUAGGAACUAAUACCAAGUUGUGUGGAGGUACCUUCUAGAAUUAAAAGUGAGAUACUUGUUUAGGUUUUAAUAAAAAGCAAUUUUAUUU